AUGAGAAUUGACAUUGUGAUCGCUUGCUGUUUGCAGCUUUUCAUACCUGCUUCUUAUGCGAUGUUGUAUCCAUCUGUAUAUUCUGGAUUUGAUGUUGCAUUCUAUGCUUGUAAUGCGUAUAUAUCAGAAACAGCUACUUUAUGUCUGCCUCUUGCUGACUAUUCGAGAAACUAUGAAUGCUGGUGUAAUACAAAUUACGGCUUCGGGACAUUGGCUGACUGUAUAGUAAAGGGUUAUAAAAAUGAUUCAAGAGUAGUUCAAGAAUAUAUUGAUAACUGCAACUCCAACAAUGUGUCUGUCACGUUGUCAUUGGACUCAUUUUAUACCAACUACUCAACUGCGUUGAAAGAUAUGAAAAAUGUUACGACCAUUACAGGUUUUAACAUGACAAUUCCCUAUGAUCAUCCAGUCCUCCUCAAAUAUGGAAAUGAUAUGUUCAGAUCUUUUAAAAGAUCUUACAGGGUCUUUUUGAAGAAUUUUAAUUAUGGAUACUAUUUCGGGAUCGGCUGCUUAGUUUACUGGGCUGUUGUGCUUUUAAUUGCGGCACUUGUCAACUGGACAAUUAGAUUGUGUCCAGGAUUUGUCAACUUUUUCACGGGUAGGGUUAGCAAUAUAUACAGGCGCCAUAUUACGUUAAGUGCCACAUUUAAAAGGAAAAAGACCAGUGAAGGGAAAUGGUUGAGCUUUUUCGAUCAUUUAGUCCCUUCAAGAAUGGAAACUAUUAUUAUUGGUAUUUUCGUUUUCUUGAACAUUUUUUUCUGUGCUCUUUUCUUAACUCGAGUUGAGCCAAAUCCAGUUUUCACAAAUGUGAACGCUCAAGUGUGUACUUUGAUUGCUGAUAGGACUGGUGAUAUCGUUUGUUUCCAUAUUCCUCUCUUAGUUUUGUUUGCGGGUCGUAAUAACUUUUUACAAUGGCUUACACGAUGGAAUUUUGCAACCUUUAUUACUUACCAUAGAUGGAUAUCGAGAAUUGCGAUAUUAUUAGUGAUAAUCCACUCAAUUGCAUUCACCAUCGCAUUUUGCUUAGAAGGUUAUUAUACAAUGGAAAUGCAGGAGGAUUUCUUACGAUGGGGCACUGUUGCGACUGUUUGUGGGGGGCUUAUUUUGCUUCAAGGAAUGUUUUAUUUUAGAAGAAAGUGUUAUGAGGUCUUCCUUCUUAUUCAUAUCUUGUUGGCUUUAUUUUUCAUCGUCGGAGGAUACUAUCAUGUUGAUAUCAUGGGAUUUGGUGCAAUGUUUUGGGCAGCUGUUGCAGUUUGGGCAUUCGACAGAACCGCCAGGUUCGCAAGACUUAUUGCAUUUGGCGCACCUGUGGCUAAGAUCUCUUUGCUAGCUGAAGAAACCUUAAAAGUUAUUAUACCAAAGCCUAGAUAUUGGAAGUCUUCUCCUGGUUCUCAUGCAUUUGUUCACUUUGGAAAACUAAGCUGCUUCUGGCAAUCACAUCCAUUCACAUUCACUGAAGUAGAUUCCGACUCUCGUGAUAUUGUUCUCUACAUGAAACUAAAAGGAGGUGUCACGCAUGGCUUGUAUCAGCACCUUUUGAAAUGCCCUGAAAGAACGACCAAUAUGAGAGUUUGUGUUGAAGGGCCAUAUGGCGAAGCGUCAAGUGCCAGAGUAUACAAGAAUGCUGUAUUUAUGGCCGGUGGAAAUGGAAUUCCAGGUAUUUAUUCUGAAGUUUGUGAUUUGGCUAAGAGAGAUAUGAAGCAAUCAUUGAAAUUGAUAUGGGUUAUAAGAGAAUGGAAGUCACUUUCUUGGUUUUACGAUGAAUUGAAGCAUUUGAAGGAUACAAAAGUUCAAAUUACCAUUUAUGUCACAAGACCUGCACAAGUCGGUGCCUUAGAAUACUUCAAGGCUAUUAUUAGCGACCAGUCUUCAAAUGAACUAGAAGAUAAAGAAAAAGAUUUGAAAUGUGAAAAUGAAAAGGAGUACGAUUUAUCUUCUUCAGACCCUUCGACAAAUUUGGCAUAUAUUGAAGCCAUUAAAGCUGACUUGUCUCAUGUGACGUUUAUGGAAGGAAGGCCCUCUAUUGAUAAAAUAGUGGAAGACGAAGUUACAGAGGCCGAUGGUUCUAUUGCCUUUGUUACUUGUGGCCAUCCAGUAAUGGUUGAUGAUUUGAGAUAUGCAGUCAUUCAGAACUUGGACAAAUGUAAAUAUCGUGUAGAGUUCUUCGAGUUGCUUCAAGUUUGGGCCUAA